AUGAGCUCCGAGGUCGCCGCCCAGCCGCUCUCCAAGAAUGCGCGCCGGCGCAUGAAGAAGAAGGAGAAGAAGCAAGAUGACGGUCUGCGUCAAGAGGCCGAGCGCCAGCUAGAGCUCCUGAAGGAGGCCACGGACGAGCCGGCGCCGGCGCCGGAGGUGACGGUCGAGUAUGUGAGCGCCGAGUUCUCGCGCGUCUUUGAAAAGUUUCUCAAGCCGGAAGAGCUCUGCGGCGACAAGAGCGCGGUCGACGAGGUGGCGCCCGAGGCUGAGGACAAUGCGGCGAACGAGGUCGAGGCCUUUGACGAGCCAAUGCAGCUCGGGCGCAAGGCGCGCAAGAAGGCCAAGCAGAUUAGCAUCUCGCUGCUCAAGCAGCUCGUGGCGUGCCCGGACGUGGUCGAGGCCCACGACGUGACGUCGUCGGACCCGCAGUUCCUCUGCUACUUGAAGGCGUACCGCAACACGGUGCCCGUGCCCCGCCAUUGGUGCCACAAGCGCAAGUACCUCCAGGGCAAGCGCGGUAUUGAAAAGGUCCCGUUCAUUCUGCCCGACUUCAUCGCCAACACGGGUAUCUCGGAAGUGCGCGGCGCGCUCCUCGACGACGAGCUGAAGAAGAAGGGGUCGGCCAAGAUGCGCGAGCGCAUGCAGCCCAAGAUGGGCCGCAUCGACAUUGACUACCAAGUGCUGCACGACGCGUUCUUCCGAUACCAGACCAAGCCACCGCUCUCGUCGCUCGGCGAUCUCUACUACGAAGGCAAGGAGUUUGAAGUCAAGCUCAAGCGCAAGACGCCGGGGCUUCUCUCGGACGACCUCAAGCGUGCGCUCGGUAUGGUCGAUGGCGUCCCACCGCCGUGGCUGCUCAACAUCCAGCGCUACGGCCCACCGCCGGCGUACCCGCAUCUCAAGAUCCCGGGUCUCAACGCACCAAUCCCGGACGGUGCCAGCUUUGGGUACCAUCCUGGUGGCUGGGGCAAGCCGCCCGUCGAUGAGCUCGGGAACCCUCUGUACGGCGAUGUCUUCAACAAGGCGGCGGCGAAGACAUCCGAGCCCGUCGAAGAGGUCCUUCCCGUGAGCAAGGAGCGCUGGGGCCAAUUGGACCCGGUCACCGAGGUCGACGACGAAGAAGAAGAAGAAGAGGACGAGCAGCACGAAGAAGACCAAGUCUACGCGGACGCGAUCGUGGGCGAGCCCAUGGCGGCGGUCCUGGAAGACACGAUGGACAGCGGCAUCUCGAGCGUUAUGUCGGGGGUCUCGACACCCGGCGGCGCCGUCGACCUCCGGAAGCGGGGGACGGAAACGCCCGACGUGACGCCAUCGGCCCCGAAAGAGCUCUAUACCGUCCUCGCGCAAAAGGAAGUCGCCGUCGGAACGUCGCUGUACGGGUCGGCGCACGGCUACGACGUCGGCGCCAAGCCAGGAGGCACCGAGAGCUCGACGAGCGGGAUGCUCACGACCGAGUCGUCCAUUGAUGGCGACGACUCGCGCAAGCGCGCGCGAAAAGCCGAGAAGGAAAGCCCAAGAACCUCAAAAGUUCAAGUUUUAAACAGAGCGUCCAUUUGUAUUAUCUAG